UAUACUACUUUAACAUAUUACAUUAAAUAACAUAUAGUUGGCACAAGGAACGAACUCGGCUGUGAGGACAGCCUAUGUGGACCAAGCACUUGGAUUCAGCUCCUUCAGUUCCAACAUGGAAGAAACUUACACCGACUCCCUGGACCCUGAGAAGCUAUUGCAAUGCCCCUAUGAUAAAAACCAUCAAAUCAGAGCUUGUAGGUUUCCUUAUCAUCUUAUCAAGUGCAGAAAGAACCAUCCUGAUAUUGCAAGCAAAUUGGCUACUUGUCCCUUCAAUGUUCACCACCAGGUUCCUCGAGCUGAAAUUAGUCAUCAUAUCUCAAGCUGUGAUGACAGAAGUUGUAUUGAGCAGGAUGUUGUCAACCAAACCAGGAGCCUUAGACAAGAGACUCUGGCUGAGAGCACAUGGCAGUGCCCUCCUUGCGACGAAGACUGGGAUAAAGAUUUGUGGGAACAGACCAGCACCCCAACUGUCUGGGGCACAACUCACUACUGGGACAACAAUAGCCCUGCAAACAACAUAGUUAUGGAACAUAAGAAUAGCCUGGCUUCAGGCACGCGAGUUCCCAAAUCUCUGCUGUAUGUUCUGCCAUGGAAAAACAACGGAAAUGCACAGUAACUGAAAGCCUAUCUCAUCAAAUGCCAGACCUUAGAAGACUCUUGCUUCUUUCUGCUCCAGUGGGUUCUUCGUUUUCCUCCAUCUAAUUAUAGAAUGAUAAACUCUCUGUGACUUUCUAAACUGACAAGUACAGUUUUUUCAUCCCCCUCUUGAAUCCUCAUUUGAUACAAGAACCCUCAUACUCAGAAGCUUUCAAAUAAACCUGUGAUAUAGAUU